AAGAUAUUGGAUAUUGAACACGGUCCUCAUUUUGAUUCCAAGGUUGCUCUUCCACCUUGUGAAACGCAAUCAUCAGGUGUCGCUGCCACCUUCAAUGUUUAGCGUCUGAUUUUCUUGUCACAUAUCUCAUAAAAACCAUCACGAAUUGUUAAUCAGCGCACAGCAGAGGCUAUUUUUAAGAUGGAUUUUCAUGCUCCAGAAGUUAGUCCGCAAACUAACUCCAUUUAUGGAUUAACAGCCUUAAUUAUUAUCACAAUAACAUAUUUUCUUUGGAAAUUCUUCCGUUCUCGGUCUGAAAACUCACGAAUUGAUAGUGAAUCACGUCGUUUAGCUGUGGAAGCUGCAAGAGCAAGAUUUCAGGCUGAAGUCGACGCUGAAGUUGCCCAGAAAAAAGCUAAAGGUCAAGUUGAGGGAGAAGUGGAAAGUAGC